AUACAAAUAUACAUUGACAGAAUGCUCUAAUUUUAUUAUUGUCAAUUAUGUCUAAUCUUACGAGUCAUGCUACACUUACAAAGUUAGGUUACAAAGUUGGGUUACAAAAUAACAUUUACACCAAUCAUUUCAAAAACAAAAUUUUAAAUCAUUUCAAAUCAGUGGCCUACGGCUUGCCAACACACUUGGUAUCUUCACUUUUGUAAAGCUACUUUGUAAGAGUAGCUUUAUUCCUAAUCUUACACCCUCUAAUCCACUAGUACCAAAUCCACCCGUUAGUCCUAAGAAUUUACGAUUCCUAGUACAAUUUUCUUACAUUUAAUCCUAAGAGUACAUACACACACAUUCCUACAAUACAAGGGUAGCCAAAAAUUCCCAAAAAAGGGAUAUAUUUACAUUAUGGUCCAAAUAUUUCAAAGCUAAUUGGAUGGCUUAGCGCAGAGUUCUCAAGGAUGCAUGUUUCCACAUCCCAUGUACCAAAAGAGAGGACAUUGUCAAUUUGACCUUACCUUUUACCAUUUCUCAAUUCGUCACAAUAUCCCUACACAACACUAUUCUUGGUUUCCUCUUAAUCUUUUUUCCUCCAAUCCAACAAAAUUUUAAUUUCAUUCCCUUUGUAAUUCUUUGCCCCGAUUAAGCUAUUUUCUUUCAUAGGAGCCUCUCAAGGGGGAGCGCACUUGCAAGUGCGCGCACCACCACCACCCCGAUAUAGCUCGCGCUUUAUAUUAUUAUGAUGGCUCAACACCAACACGCCACCAUUUUGUGGGGGCAUUCCCGUUUGAUGGUUCUACUUUCCAUCAUCAUCUUGCAUUUUGUUAUGUGUUCUUGUAAAUCGGAUGCUGAGAUCUUGCUCAAAUUCAAGGAGUCCCUUACGGAUAAUGGUGCAUUGUCUAAUUGGAAUGACACAAAACCGCCAUGCAGUGGUUAUAAUGAAAAUUGGGUUGGAAUUAUAUGUGGAAAUGGGACUGUAUCGGGAGUGAAGCUGGAGAAUAUGGGGUUGGCGGGUGUGAUUGAUGUAGAUGCCCUCAAGGAAUUGAAAAUUUUGAGGACUAUAAGCUUGAUGAACAACAAAUUUGAUGGCUCUUUGCCAAAUAUAACUGAACUUGGUGCCCUGAAAUCCAUUUAUUUGUCCGACAAUCAGUUUUCCGGCGCAAUCCCAAUCGGCAUUUUUGACGGGAUGUUAUCUCUCAAGAAGGUUCAUUUGGCACGAAAUAAGUUUUCUGGUGAGAUUCCUCAAUCAUUGAUCACAUUGCCUAGGUUGAGGGAGUUGAUGCUUCAGGACAAUGAGUUCGAAGGAGAAAUACCUCAAUUUCGGAAUGGAAUGUUGAAAUCGUUCAAUGUAUCUGACAAUGAAUUAACUGGUGAAAUCCCUCGUGGCCUUAGUCAUAUGAAUGCUACCUCAUUUUCAGGCAACGAAGGCCUAUGCGGUGCACCACUCGAAUCAUGUUCUCCGGCUAAGCUUUCCGUGGGAACAAUCAUAAUUGUCAUGAUACUCGUGGCUUUGGCCAUAGCAGCACUCACCUCAGUCGUCGUCAUUCUCUAUCGGCGGAAGCAAAUGUUGGAGCAAGAACAGGCAACGGUAUCCCCUCCUGGCCACAGGAAAGCUUACUCGACCGACCUAGACAUAAUGGAACAAGGUGGAGCAUCACCUGAGCACAGAACAAAUGGCAAGAAGAGAGAUAAAAAUACAAAGCUCACAUUUCUUCAGGAUGACAGGGAGAAAUUCGACAUGGGGUAUCUGCUAAAAGCCUCAGCGGAGAUACUCGGCAGUGGCAUAUUCGGGUCGACAUACAAGGCCUCGCUGAGUGGCGGACAGGCAGUGGCCGUGAAAAGAUUCAGGCAUAUGAAUAAUGUGGGGAAAGAAGAAUUUCAUGAACAUAUGAGAAGAUUAGGGCGGAUGAGUCACCAAAAUGUGCUUCCUAUUGUGGCUUUCUACUACAGGAAAGAGGAGAAGCUAUUGGUUUCUGAAUAUAUGGAGAAUAUCAGCCUUGCUGUUCAUCUCCACGGUAACACAUCUCGUGGGCUUCCAUGCCCGGAUUGGCCAACCCGUUUAAAUAUUAUCAAAGGAGUAGCCAAAGGUCUUUUGUACCUCAACAAUGAGCUCCCAAGCCUAAUGGCACCACACGGUCACCUCAAAUCCUCAAACAUUCUUCUCGACCGAUCCUUCAACCCCUUGCUCACUGACUACGGAUUAGUUCCAGUCAUGAAUCAAGACCGUGCACAGGAGCACAUGAUCGCAUACAAGUCGCCCGAGUACAAGAACAAUGGCCGGAUUACCAAGAAAACCGACGUGUGGAGCCUCGGGAUGUUGAUUCUAGAGACCAUGACCGGAAUAUUUCCUUCGAGUUUCUUGCAACAAGGUAGCAAAAGAAACGAUAUGGAUUUGGUGAGCUGGGUUGAGUCCGUGGUUAAGGUAGCAAACGCCGAUGUCGAUCAGGUUUUCGAUAAAAAUAUGGGUGGAAAGCAGAAAAGUGAAAGGGAAAUGAUGAAACUUUUGCAAAUAGGAUUGAAUUGCUGUGAAGCAGAAGUGGAUAAGAGGUGGGAUUUAAAACAGGCAGCUGAAAGGAUUGAGCAAGUGAAGCGGAAGGAUAAUGAUAAUGAUCAAGAAUACAAUUCCAUAAGAUUGUCUAAUUGAUUGAUUCAUUGUUAGACUAGGAUAAUUUUUGUAAUUCAUCUCUACUUAAUUUUGAUUUUUGGAUUCUGGGAUUUGGAAGACAACAUAGUUUAUUACAAAUGCAAAACGCAAAAUUUUCGCAUCAAA